AUGGCAACGCAUAACCAGCAGGGCUAUAAGAAGAACGAUGAGCACCUCAGUCAUAUAGCCGCUCCUCAUGCGCAGCAACACACUUCCGACGCUUGUCUUCCGGUUGUGUCUGUUCGGGAUAAUUCCCUCACCAUAAUGUCUUCGCAUCUGCUAUCUAGCAAUUGUGUGGCGAGACACCUCGUCGCCCACUCCCUGGAACAAAUGGUGUCGGAGACCAAGAUGUGA